GAGGUGGGCCAAGAAAAUGCUGGGAAAAGUUCCUCCCCGUUCAUGAUCUCAAAAGUCAUCAGACAAUAAGUUCAAGCACACUCUGGGGAUACAAUGUAGGCAACUAAACAAUGUUUCGGAAAGGCGAGGAGUCGGUCGAUCGGCUGCUGUGCGGUGGAAGUUUGUGGAAAGAGAAUCAAAUCAGUCUCCAAAAUUACGAACACCCCUUUUCGAAGACGUCUCGUGUUGUCUGUCUCCCCCCUUGAGGCCAUCGACCUUCUCCGUCAUCAAUGUCUGCAGAGAAAAAAAUGUGUUCAAGUUGUGGUUUGGAGAUAGUUGACAAAUACCUGCUCAAGGUGAACGACCUAUGCUGGCACGUGAGGUGCCUGUCGUGCAGCGUGUGUCAAACUUCCCUCGGACGUCAUGUCAGUUGCUACAUUAAAGAAAAAGAAAUAUUUUGCAAACUCGACUACUUGAGGAAAUAUGGAACACGUUGUGCCCGUUGUGGAAGGAACAUACAUUCGCAUGACUGGGUCCGGCGAGCUAAAGGAAACACCUACCACAUGGCUUGUUUUGCGUGCUACUCCUGCAAGCGACAGCUGUCCACAGGAGAGGAGUUUGCCAUGUUUGAUGAAAGGGUCCUGUGCCGGGUGCAUUACGACCACGUGCUUGAUAAUUUGAAACGGGCUGUAGAAAAUGGCAAAGAAGAGAACGAUGAGGGAGCUGUACCCUCGGAGCAGGAUACAAGCCAACCCAAGGCAUCCAAGAGGGCCCGCACAAGUUUCAACUCUGAUCAGCUUCAGGUAAUGCAAGCUCAGUUUGUCCAGGAAAAUAACCCAGAUGGUCAGACCCUACAGAAGCUGGCGGAAAGGACUGGCCUCAGUCGCAGAGUUAUUCAGGUUUGGUUCCAGAACUGCCGAGCCCGGCACAAGAAGCAUGCGAGUCCCAGUCACACAUCGUCUGGUCCACUGUCGGUCCUCCAGCCUGCCAGGCUCAGCCCUCCUCUGGUGGACGAGUUGCCCUUGAGCAGCUACUCUUCAGUGGGUUCGCCCAUCCUCACGGCUCUGCAUUCAUACAUGGAUGUGCAUCCUCCUAGUACAUCUCUACUUUUCCAGCCUCUUCUCGCCCAUUCGAUGGCACACCUGCCAGUCAACCACGCCUGAACCUCCCAUCCAGUGUGAAAGACUUGCCUCGAAGAGGUCAUUUGAGAACCACAGGAAAAAAUUAUAGAAAUUGGAGUCUGUUACACUAGAGCUCAUGACUGAUA